AUGGGUCUACACGCCCGCCGCCACGACUCCUCCGCCGGCGCCCUCCCUCCGCCGUCGCCGCCAACCAUUUCCAUCCCUCCUCACAUCCUCCACCACUCGCACGACCACCAUGAACCCCCUCCGGACCCUUUCCCUCCUUCUCUCUCCCCAUUUUUCGAACCCCAACCCAUCGCCGGCAGCCACAACCGUCGUGAAUCCUUGCCGGGGCUUAUCUUCCCUCCCAUGUCGCCACCGUCAAACACCGUCCAUUCCCGCCGUGACUCCUACCCCGGUCCCUUCCCUUCCCUCCCUUCACCUUCCUCCGAUCCUCCUCUACCAAUCUACCACGUUCGCCAUGAAACAUGUCCCAAUAAUGCUUUCCCUCAACUAGUGCGCUAUGAAUCCGAUCCUGGCCUCAUCCCUUCCACGUCAUCGUCCAUGCUUAUGAACAACAAUCGUCAUUCUGAUCUCUUAAAUCUUAACAAACGCAAAUUACACCUCUAUGAGAAGGAAAGUGACCUUGCGUGGCCAUUUGGCGAUCUCCAAGGUCUUGAUUACGAUGAUAUAAGGGAAACUGCCUAUGAAAUUUUCUUCACGGCGUGCCGGUCGUCGCCGGGAUUUGGUGGCCGGAGCGCGCUCACGUUUUACUCCAAAAAUGAGAAUGGCGGUGGGGGAAGUCCGGCGGCGAUGCAGACGAGCACGGUGAAGCGGAUGCUUGGGUUAAAGAUGUUGAGAAGCUCCUUGUCUCAGAGGAUGAUUUCGACCGGAGAAUGGCCGUUGACGCCGUCGUCGCCGGUGGUGGGUGAGAAGAGCCCCAAAAAUCGCAUGGUGCCGCGGCGGCAAAUGACUAUGGCGGAAGUCAUGAGGCUGCAGAUGGGAGUGUCCGACCAAAGCGAUAGCCGGCUGAGAAAAACCCUCAUGAGGACGCUAGUUGGUCAACUUGGUCGGCAAGCAGAAACUAUCAUUCUCCCUUUGGAGCUCCUUCGCCACCUUAAACCUUCAGAAUUCAAUGAUUCCCAUGAGUACCAUUUGUGGCAAAAGAGACAGCUUAAGAUCCUUGAAGUAGGGCUCCUCUUGCACCCCUCAAUUCCUAUAGAAAAGAGCAAUACAUUUGCCAUGAACCUUAAAGACAUCAUACGUAAUGCAGAACACAAACCAUUAGACACAAGUAAGAACUCAGACACCAUGAGAUCCUUCAGCAAUUCAGUGGUUUCCUUAUCAAUGAGAAGCCCAAGUGACAAUCCUACCAAUGUUUGCCACUGGGCUAAUGGGUUCCCUGUCAACAUUCACCUCUACAUUUCUCUUCUUCAGUCUAGUUUUGAUCUAAAGGAUGAGACAGCAAUCCUUGAUGAGGUGGAUGAGCAACUUGAGCUAAUGAAGAAAACAUGGUCAACACUUGGGAUCAAUAGGCCAAUUCACAAUGUGAUCUUCACAUGGGUGCUGUUUCGGCAAUAUGUAGAAACUGGGCUGAUAGAACCUGACCUUCUUUGUGCCUCACAUGCUAUGUUGAAUGAGGUGGCAAAUGAUGCUAAGAAAGAAAAGGAGUCUUUGUAUAUUAAGAUAUUGACAUCUGUGCUCAGGUCACUGCAAGAGUGGGCAGAUAAGAGAUUGCUCAACUACCAUGAUUAUUUCCAGGGAGGAGCCAUUGGACAAAUUGAGAACCUUCUUCCUGUGGUGUUGUUAGCAUCCAAGAUUUUAGGAAAUGUUACAAUCUCUGAUGGAGAAGAGCAAGAGAAAGGAUAUAAAACUACAAUGGAUUCCUCAGGGGAUCAGGUUGAUGAUUAUAUUCGUUCUUCCUUAAAAACUGCGUUUCAAAAGGUAGUGGAAGGAGCAACUGCCAAAUCUGCAGAAUCUGGAACAAAGAAAACUAUGGGUGAAAUUAUGCUUCAAUUAGCUCAGGAGACUGAAGAAUUGGCAAUGAAGGAGAGACAAAAUUAUAGUCCAAUAUUAAAGAAAUGGCACAGCAUAGCAGCUGCAGUAGCAGCACUGACACUGAACAAUUUAUAUGGACAUGUGCUGAUGCAGUAUUUAAGUGAAAUGACCACAUCAAUUACAGUUGAGAUAAUUUUAGUACUGCAGAGAGCUAAAAAGCUAGAAGAUGUUUUGGUUCAAAUGGUAGUUGAAGAGUCGGCAGAUUGUGAGGAUGGUGGCAAAACAGUAGUACAGGAGAUGAUUCCUUUUGAAGUUGAGUCAACCAUCCUGAACCUUAUGAGAAAAUGGAUAGAUGAAUCACUGCAAAAAGGGAGAGAGUGUUUGCAAAAAGCAAAAGAAAAUGAAGCAUGGAAUCCAAAGUCUAAAUCAGAUCCUUAUGGAAAAUCAGUGGUAGAGCUGGUGAGUUUGUCCAAGAAAAUUGUGCAAGAAUUAUUUCAAAUUCCAAUACCAAUAACUGAAGAUUUAGUUCAAGAACUUGCUGAUGGAUUACAAAAAAUCUUCAGAGAGUACACAAUGUUGGUUUCAGCAUGUGGUUUGAAAGAGAAUUACAUUCCCUCUCUUCCCCCACUGACAAGGUGCAACCAGAACUCAAAGUUGCACAAGCUGUGGAAGAUAGCUACUCCUUGCAGUGUUAGUUGUGAAGAUCCACACAUAUAUGAAAUAUAUGAAGCUAACCAUCCUCAUUCAUGCACUAGCCGUGGAACACAACGCCUCUACAUUCGUCUCAAUAGCUUAAACUAUCUCCUUUCUCAUAUCCCCUCACUUGACAAAUCACUCUCCCUGACUCCAGGUGUUGUUCCUUCAAAUCGUCACGGUUCCACAAACAGUCAAAAGACUCAAAGUAACAGCAGUUCAUACUUUGAUUUAACCAACGCCUCCAUCCUAGCAGCCUGCCAGCAUGUCUCAGAAGUUGCUUCCUGCCGCCUCAUGUUCCUUGACUCCAACUCUUUCUUCUAUGAAAGCCUCUAUGCCGGCGAAGUAGCAAACGCUCGGAUUAGUAGUUUAUUAACAAUCCUCAAGCAUAACAUUAAGCUAAUGACUGCAAUUCUGACAGAAAGAGCUCAAGCACUGGCAGUGAAGGAAGUUAUGAAGGCCUCAUUUGAUGCAUUCCUCAUGGUUUUGCUUGCUGGUGGAACCACCAGGGUGUUCAAUGAAUCUGAUCACCAGAGUAUAGAAGAGGAUUUUGACAGCUUGAAGAAUUUGUUCAUCACUCUUGGAGAAGAAUUGAUAACAGAAAAUGUGGUGCAGAAAGAGGCUGAGGUAGUGGAGGGAGUGAUAGCAUUGACGGGCAUGAGUACUGAACAAUUAAUGGAAAACUUAACUACCUUAACAAGUGAGGCAAGUGGAGUAGGACUAAUUGGAAAUGGCCAGAAGCUGCCAAUGCCUCCAACUACAGGAAAGUGGAACAGAGCAGAUCCCAACACAAUAUUAAGAGUGUUAUGCUAUAGAAACGACCGAGCUGCAAAUCUUUUCUUGAAGAGAACAUUCCAAAUAGCAAAGAGGAGAUGA